CUCAUUCCUUGUGUCUGCAUAGCCACUCAUUAACCUGCAGCUUUGAUAUGAGAAAGACUUCAACUGCCCUGGCAAUGAAAGGGUGGCACUAAGACAGACCAAGAACACCCGCAUUCCUAGUAGCAAGUCCAACUAUUUCUUUCAAGCCAGGUGUGUGUCUGGGUGCAGAGUGUGGCUGUCCCUUGCCAUAGAACAUGUGCUGGGCUGGAGAUCUCAAGACAUGCUGCUGACAUCAUCACUAGAAGUCUUCUCAGAUUCCUCUGCUCUUUAUAACAUCAGGUGCUUGCUUACAACACAGGCUUGAACUGACUUGUUCCUGGGUGUCUGAGAACUGUGUUUACUAAGAAGUUGUUGAAGACAUGUCUUCAGAGCCUCAAAGGACUGUGACUCUCUGACUCAGGACUGAUCCAGAGCAGACCAUGGAUGUCACACACUCCUGACAUGUCAAGCUACCCACUAGUAGGGAGUGACAGUCAGCCUGAAGUGAAGACAGACAGACCAAGGGUGAUAUUAAAAAGUGGCCACAGCAAUGUAAAAAUUGACAAAGUUGAAGGAGUUUUUUUUCUGUAUCUUCAAGACUUAUGGACAACUGUCAUUGACAUGAAAUGGCGGUAUAAACUCACCUUGUUUGCCGCAACCUUUUUAGUGACAUGGUGUUUUUUUGGAGUAAUUUAUUUUGUCAUAGCCAUCGUCCAUGGAGAUGUACAAAGUGAUCCGUCUUCUAACCACACUCCUUGUGUAAUGAACGUUGACUCCUUCACUGGUGCCUUCCUUUUUUCUCUAGAGUCACAGACCACAAUUGGCUAUGGCUUCCGGUUCAUCACUGAAGAAUGCCCAGUUGCUAUAGUCUUGCUUGUGAUACAGUUGGUCCUAACCACUUUGAUUGAAAUUUUCAUCACGGGUACUUUCCUUGCCAAAAUUGCCAGACCUAAAAAACGGGCAGAGACUAUAAAAUUCAGUAAUAAAGCAGUUAUUACAAAACAUAAUGGGAAGAUGUGCCUGGUGGUACAAGUGGCAAAUAUGAGGAAGAGUCUUUUAAUACAAUGUCAACUCUUUGGAAAACUUCUUCAUACAUAUGAAACCAAGGAAGGGGAGAAGAUCCUACUGAAACAAGCCAAUAUGAGUUUCAAUGUUGACUCUUCUUCUGAAAGUCCCUUUUUAAUCUUGCCGUUGACCUUCUACCACGUUCUUGAUGAGUCCAGCCCACUAAAAGAUCUGACCCUCGAUAAUAUAAAGACUAAAGACUUUGAACUUGUUGUUCUUCUCAAUGCCACAGUGGAGUCUACCAGCGCCGUCUGCCAGAGUCGAACAUCUUAUCUUCCAGAUGAGAUAUUCUGGGGUUACGAAUUCGUUCCCGUUGUCUCUUUGUCCUCACAAGGGAAAUAUGUUGCCGAUUUCAGUAAUUUUGAUAAAAUCAGGAAGACUGUAGAAGUACAAAAUAUCUACCUUUCAAAUUUCGAGAAGCAUAAAUUGGAAGAGGAAUUAAGGCAGCAGGAGGUACAGAGAGAGAGAAACAAUUUCACGGUGAUGUCAAUACAAAGCAAUGUUUGACAUAUCAAUGUACUGAAUUUCAACUGUCUGUGGAGAAUGCCCAGGCUGGUGACCCCUUGCAGUUUUUUUCUUAAUUAUUUUCAUUGUAAACUUCUUAGAAGAUUUCCAUUUGUAGACUUGAAGACAUUAGGCCUCAUGCACAUGGCCACAUGGAUCCAUGUUGUAUGGGUCCGUAAUACAGUACGCAUAGGGAUCCACUAGUGUACAGAGUUAUUAUUAUUCUUAUGGAACUUUUUGUGAAGAAAGAACCUGUGGCAUUUUCCUCCGCAUGUCGUAUUAUGGAAGUAUUUUCCAACAGAAGCAAUGUAAGGUGCUGGAUGGAUGUAUAACAUGACACUCUCAUAAUAUAGAACCAUAAGGACUCCUUGUGCCACCGUCCAAGGUCCGGGAAUCUGUGCACGUGUUCCAUUUGUAAACUUGAAGACCCUUAGGCCAUAUGCACAUGGGCAUAUUAUGGAUACAUGUUGUAUGGAUCCAUAGUUGAAUACCCACAGAAAUCCAUGGGCCCGUGAGCCCGUUUUCCUUCAGAGUGAUACAUGGUGUGUGUUUUUUUUUCUCGUAGAUUUGUAUGGAAUCCAUGAGAAAAUAAAUUCUGACGCUUGCCAUAUUUAGGAAGUAUUCUCUCCUAAAAACAAUUCACAGUGCCGAAUGGAGAUACGAUGGAGCCUCUAUAACAUAGAACUAUUGGGCCUUCGUGUGCUGCUAUCCAAGGUCUGGAAGAGUUGGAGCACACAUCUUUGUCAUAUGCAUAUGGUCAUAGGCGGACCAAAUGAAACAUCUAAGACUACAGUUAAACAAAAAUACUACACUAGUUUUCAACAUAAUACGAAAUUAUUCUGUACAUUCUGAUUAAGAUGUAUCUUUUUUGUAAGGAACUGAUGGAUCUACAGUUCUCACUUCUCACUGAUCCUCUAUGUUCUAGGUUCUCAACCUGUGGUACAUGUACCCCAUGGGGUAUACACCAUACCUCCAGGGGGUGCUUUUAGGGAAGGCAUCACAGUGUGAGGCUGUUAGAUGCAAUGUAUUUCAGUAGAGGAUAACUGGCUUAGAAAAGCUUAGAAACACUUUGUUAUGUUGGGUCAUAUUUAAUAUUGGGAACAAAUUGUAUAUAAGAAGUUAAAGGGCAUCUGUCAGCAGUUUUGUACCUAUGACACUGGUUGACCUGUUGCAUGUGCUCUUGGCAGCUCAAGGCAUCUGUGUUGGUCCCAUGUUCAUAUGUGCCCACAUUGCUAAGAAAAAAAGUUUUAAUAUAUGCAAAUGAGCCUCUCAAAGCACAGAUACACCUAGAGGCUCAGCUCUCUCUGCAAUGACCGCUCCCUCUGCACUUUGAUUGACAGGGUCAGGCAGUGUAAAUAUCAUCACACCUGACCUUGUCAUUUAAAGUGCUGAGGGCACGGCAGUUGCAGAGAGAGCAGAGCCUCUAGGUGUAACAGCAACUCCCCCGUUGCUCCUAGAGGCUCAUUUGCAUAUAGUAAAACAUAAUUUUUCUCAGUAAUGCGGGCACAUAUGAACAUGGGACCAACACAGAUGCCUUCAGCUGCCAAGUGCACAUGUAUUAGGUCAGCCAGUGUGAUAGGGACAAAACUGCUGACAGAUGCCCUUUAAGGAAUGAGAUGCAUUUUAAAACUGGAGAGAUUUGUAUAUAAUAUGAAGAAAUCACUGAAGAAUGCAAAAAAAACAACUACAUUAUAAAAAAUAAAAAAAAUAAAAAAUAUUCUGAAUCCUUGUGGAAAGGAACAGCCUGAGAAAUACUGCAACAAUCUUUGUGCAAUAAAUUAUUUUAUUAUAAA